AUGGACCUUUUUUCACGUCCCUACCAGUUUCUGGAUUUGGACGCAACAAGUGCUGCUGCGGCCGCUGUGGAGAUGGACGCCGGCGCUGCCUUCGCCCCGUCGGUGUGGGGCGACUUCUUCGUUACCUACGUCCCUCCUCCCACACAGAGAUCGGAGGAGUGGAUCAGGGAGAGAGCAGAGCAGCUGAAGAGGCUAGUGCACAGGAUGUUCUUCUUGGAGGACGGCGAGGCCGUCGUCGGCGUGGCCAAGGCGGUGGCACUGGUUGACACGCUCGAACGGCUCGGCCUCGACAGCCUCUUCCGCGACGACAUUGCAGUGGCCAUUAGCCAUGCCCACCUUGCCGGUGAGGAGUGGCCGGAGUAUGUAGGCUACGAUGAUCUCCACGUCGCCGCCACUCGGUUCCGCCUGCUCAGGCAGCACGGUAUCUGGGUGUCUACAGGUGUGUUGGACAAGUUCAGAGAUGGCACGGGCAGUUUCAGCGCAAGCCUGAGCAGCGACCCAAGAGCUCUGCUGAGCUUGUACCACGCUGCUCACAUGGCGGUACCGGGCGAAGCUACUCUAGACGACGCCAUCGCUUUUGCACGUCGCCACCUCGAGACCAUGAAUGGUGAGCUCCAGUCACCGGUGGCGGAGCAGGUCGCCCGCGCCCUCGACCACCCACUCCCACGGUUCACCAGGCUGCUGGAGACCAUGCGUUAGUAGCGUUACCUCCCCGAGUACGCGCAGGAGGAGACGCACGAUGGCACGCUGUUGGAGCUCGCUAGGCUCAAGUCUCACAUCAUGAGGUCCAUUCACCUCAGGGAGCUCAAGGCCCUGUCCUUGUGGUGGAGGGAUGUUUACAACGCCGUGAAUCUGAAGUACUGUCGGGACCGUAUGGUGGAGGUCUACCUCUGGAGCUGCGGAAUGAUCCCGGAAGAGGAGCACUCACGCGCACGCUUGCUAUUCGCCAAGACGUUUGGAAUCGUGUCAUUUCUGGAUGAUACUUUUGACGUCCACGCCACCAUUGAGGAGUGCCAUAGUCUUAAUGAAGCAUUUCAGAGAUGGGAUGAAAGUGCGGUUUCUGCUCUACCCGAAUACCUGUGCAUGCUAUACAUCAAAACCCUAAGCAACUUCAAGGAAUUUGAGGAUCUUUUGGAGCCACAAGAGAAAUACCGCAUGUCUUACGCUAAAAAGGCGUACCAACUACAGUCAGAAUACUAUAUGCAGGAGGCUCAAUGGACCAAUGACAAGUACGAGCCGAGCUUUGAGGAACACGUAGAGUUGUCUGGCAUGUCCACGGGCCUACCUAUGCUUAACCUCAUGGCCCUCAUGGGUUAUGAUGGCACCAUCGCAACCCAGGAGGUGUUCGAGUGGAUGAGCGUGCCCGUCCCCGACGCGGUCCGAGCCGGUGCACUGAUCGGCCGCUUCCUCAAUGAUAUAUCCUCAUACAAGUUGGGGAAGAACAAGAAGGACGUGGGUAGCACCGUGGAGUGCUACAAGCUGGAGAAGGGGUCGACCGGGGAGGAGGCCGUGGCGGCGAUCGCCGCCAUGAACGAGCACAUGUGGAGGGUUCUGAACCAGACGUACAUGGAGGUAGACCGCGCGCUGCUGCCUGCAGCACAGCUGGUGGUGAGCAUAGCCAGGACGUGUGAGGUCAUCUACCUACGCGGCAGGGACGGCUACACCUUUGGCAGCCAUGCCAAGGACCUUGUCAAGGCACUCUUCCUCGACCCUAUCCCCCUUUAGAUUGGAUCGACGCAGCGUAUACAUACACAUAAAUAAACGUGCUACUGGUCAAGUUAGGACAUACUGCAAUGAGC